UUAAAACGCCUCUUCCUCUCCCCUCAAUUAAGAGAAGAUAUUUAUCUCGCCCUAAAUCCUUCGCCAUUGCUUCCAUCUCAUGCUCUAGCGCACGCCGACGGAUCCAUCGAUCUUGAUUUCGAUCUCUCUGCGGCAAUGGACGCUUCCCCGGCCGGUUCCGACGCCGCCGCCUCCUCCUCCUGCUACUACUCCCUUCUCGGGAUCCGCCGCGACGCCUACCACUCGGAAAUUCGCGCCGCCUAUCGCCGCCUCGCAUUGCGGUGGCACCCGGACCGAUGGGCGAAGGAGUCAGCGGCCGCGUCCUGCGAGGCGAAGCGGAGAUUCCAGCGGAUUCAGGAAGCCUACUCCGUGCUCUCCGACACGAGCAAGCGUGCCAUUUACGACGCCGGCCUCUACGACCCACUCGACGACGACGAUCAGGUUUUACCCAAAAGAAAAUACGGAAUUCCAUCCAAAAAUGUUGUCUUUUUUACUCUUAUUUUUGGGUGGGACGCGCAGGGCUUCGCCGAUUUCAUGCAAGAAAUUAUGGCGACGAUGGAGCGGCUUAAACCCGAGAAGCCGGAGACUCUGGAGGACCUGCAGCGGAUGCUGGGGGAGAUAAUGAACAUGGGAAGCAGCAUCGGCGGGGCGAACGCUGGCGGCCGGCGGGAGCCAUCGGAUGCGGCGUGGAGGAGCCGCAGCGGCGGUCCGACGAGGAGGAGGUGAAAUGGCAUCUGAAUGACUGAAUCCUGACCAUUUUAAAAAGCGAUCCUUUAACUUGAGAAGAGUUCCAUCAAUCAUGUUGUCAAUUAUGAUGUUACUCCUGUGCUUUCUUUUUGUCUCUGGUUUUUUUCCCGUACUACGGGGCAUCUACCGGUGGUAAGUUAUUACCUAAGCAUUUGCGAUGCGGUUAGCUGUAUUUAUAAAUUUUUUUCUUUACAUAAGAAGUAUAAUUAUAAAAUACUAAAUUUCUAGACGGUCUA